AGGAGAAGCAAUGGCGGAGAAGAGGAUCCAAAGAGCUUCCUUCGGCUUCUCAUGGGCAGACGAAGUGGAAAGGGAGGAGCGAGAGGGGGAAGAAGGGAAGGCCGUCCGAAGGAAAGAGGAGGAGAAGUCCAACAGGAAGCCGAAUCCGUUCGGAGCUGCGAGGCCUCGAGAAGUGGUGCUCGAAGAGAAAGGCGUGGAUUGGAGGAAGCUUGAUAAGGAACUGGAUUACCACUCCAAUCUCAGGAAGAACAAGAAGCAGAAGGAAAAUAUUUCUGUGACAAAAGCACCAAUUAGCAAGCAAGAGCACUCAACGGUGGGACUGCGGAACCCAAAUCAAAACAAGCCAGAAAUCCAAACUGCAAUAACUGUUUGUCCACAGCAGCUGAACCAACAUAUAGACGAACUUGUUCCCCCAUUGAAGUAUACUUCCAAAAACAUCAUGGCUCUAAUGGAACAGAUACAGAGGGGUCGCACCGGUGGACAACUAUACGAGGGUGUGGACAAUUUGCAUCUGAAUCGAUAUCCAUGCAACUCAGACAUGAUGGGGAAGAUGAACCAUUGGCCACUUGAUGCUUCUCAUAGUCGGACAGAUCAAGCCCAUUUCAAUGUGAUCAUGACAGGAGCAGGCUAUGCGAGAGUUCAUCCUAAAUGUGGAACCAUGAGGGGUAGUGAGAAUGUGGGAUUAACUUGUAAAAGAAAAUAUUUUGGAGACAGAUAUCAAAGUGGAGGAGCAGAAGAAAUACAAGCAAAUGCAAGGGGGGAACUCACUAAUUGUAUGAAGAGUUACAAGGAUGAUGAUAAGGACCACUGGGAGUACCUCAAAGAUGGAACUGGAAGAAGAGAGAACUGUAUUCAAGGUAAAAGAUUCAUGCGUGCAAGAGAAAAACAGCAAGCAAAUGGAAGAAGGAUUCUUGUUGAUCUGAACAUGGAUAGUGGUUUUCUUGGGAGGAAUUGCAAGUUUGGAGAACAACAGUACUGCAUGGAUUAUGUUGAAGAUAGGAACGGAAGGAGGAAUUAUAAUGUUCAGGAGUCAAUAAACCCACCUAGGAAACCACUUGGAUGGGGACAUAGUCCACAGAAUUAUGACGCAGAGAGGGGCAUUAACAUUAAGGAUGCAGGCUCUGGAGACAAUAACAGCAAGAAGAGGGGGUUGCUCUCAGCACCACCCAAGUUUGGUUCUCACCAGAGGAGACCAAAGAAACAAGCUGGGAAGUAAAUGCUUCUAGGUGAAUUUUGCUGGAUCGCGUUGACAUGCAAGUCAACUGGUCAAGACAGUCCAAAUGAGAGGGACUUGAAAUGUUACAGGAGCAUACUUGGAAAGGUGAAGUCAGAUGGGUAGUGAAAUUUCUUUUUAAUAUCAAUAUCAUGUCAUAGGAUUUUAUGUUAUUAUUAAUCAUACUCAAAUGCACCAUGUUCACCUUGGUGCUAUUGAUGUUAUUGAAGUUUAAGCUGGUUCAUUCAAUGACCCAGUGACUGACUCCUUGGUGCUAAAUAGUAAAUUAAUCGAGUUCGACAUUCUCUCC